AUGCCGGCAUUGGCUGAGCUUGAGGUGCUGCCGUUUCUUGCUGUGGGCCUCCCCUCAAAUCCAGGACUGAAGUGUGGGAUUCAAGCAGCUGAUCUGAAAAGUACAGAAACUGCCUUGGAAUCUGAGUUUUUCUCUGAAGUUACUAGUUAGAGAAAUUCAACAGCUGGUAGACAUCCAUGCCAGGUCUCCCUGAAAUUAGAUGAGCACCAUUUCUGUGGAGGAAGCUUGAUUCAAGAUGAUCUGGUGGUUGCAGCAGCACACUGCCUGGCUAGCCUCACAGAGGAACAAAUUAAUAGUCUGGUUAUGAUUGCUGUAGAGUAUAACUUCUUUCAGAAGGAUAAGCAAGAACAAAAUAUUCCUGUCUCAAAAAUUAUUAUACAGCCUGACUACAACAGACUUGGAUAUAUGAAUUCUGAUAUUGCACCGCUGCAUCUAAAGCACAAAGUGAAGUUUGAUAAUGCUGUCCAGCCAAUCUGUCUUCCCCAUGGAGAUGAUAAGUUUGAAGAAAGGAUUCUUUGCAUGACCAGUGGAUGGGGCAAGAUUUCAGAGACAUCAGGAUAUUCAAGUGCCCUGCAAGAACUGAACCUUCCUGUCAUGGAUGACAGAAUGUGUAGUACUCUGCUCAAGGGCAUGAACCUUCCUCCCCAUGUUUUAUGUUGGUUUUCCUGAUGGAGAAAAUGUUGCCUGUCAGGGGACUCUGGAGGUCCACUUGUUUGUAGAAGAGACAAUGGGAUCUGGAUUCUUGCUGAAAUAACUUCUUGGGGAGCUGGUUGUGCUAGAGGACAGGCUCCUUUAAGAAAUAACUACAGAAGGACAUCAGUUGGCAUUUUCCCCUAGGUGUCUGAGUUGAUGGAUUUUAUCACUCAGAACAUGAUUACAGAUGGUGGCCUGGCAAGUCGCUUGCAGCAGAUUCAAGUGCCUGUGUUAGAAAGAGAGACCUGCGAACGCACUUAUUCUGCUCACCCAGGAGGGAUCACAGAGAAGAUGAUCUGUGCUAGCUUUGCAGCAACUGGAGGGAAGGAUUGCUGUCAGGGAGACUCUGGUGGGCCAUUAGUGAGUAGACAUGAGAAUCGUCUCUUUGUCCUCUAGGCCAUCAUCAGCUGGGGAGUUGGCUGUUCCUGGCCAAGGAAGCGUGAAUUUGCCAGGGUGAGAGUCUUCUUGGACUGGAUCCAAUCCAAAAUCAAAGAUACAAGCUUUGUUUCACUUCAGAUAAAUAAUGAAAGCAAAAGCUUACCAAGGAAACAAUUGCCACCACUCAUAUCUCCAGCAGAUCGGGCCAGGUAUGCACGCUGUUACUCUGAAGUGGAGCUAGGAGAGCCCAAAGGCUUUCUUUCAACUCCAAGAUAUCCACUGGAUUAUAAAGGAAAACUGGAAUGUUCUUGGGUGCUCAGAGUUUCACCAAGCAGAAUGGCAACAUUUACAGAUGAGAACCUGUCACUCCCGGAGCCUCAUUUGUGUCGAGAUUCAGUCCUGACUAUUUAUGAAGAAAGCCACAGGGAGAGAAGGAUGUCAGGUGAAGUAUGUGCAAGAAGGCUUUACCCAAUGAUUUUCAUGAGCCCUGAACCACUGGUGAGGAUGACAUUUUGCUCCCUUGUACAAAAUGCUUUCGGCAUAAGUUAUAUUAUCAUUAGAGUCCAAGGUCCAAAAGUCAGUAAAGUAACCAGACUUCGUCAGAGUUCAAACCAAGAGCAUGUGGCCACUUGUAACGAUGUUAUUCUGACCAAACCAGCAGGAAUCAUACAGAUUUCAAGAUAUUUUCACAGAACCACUAUGAGCUGCCACUGGAGGUUAUUAGCCCCUUUAAAUCACUUCAUUUGCCUAGAUAUUACCAACUUCCAGAUGAAGCCAGCACCCUUGGCCUGUCAGGGUCACCUGUGAGUUUAUGAAGGAUUUGGAUUAGGCAAAAAAUUAAUAGCUCGUUUAUGUGGUUCCAUAAAAGAAUGUGUCUUGAUAUCCAGUGGUGCUUACCUGAUGGUGCAGUUUAACUCUUAUGAGUCUAUGGGAAAAAGAGGUUUUAAACUUAUUUUGGAAAAUAUGAUUCAGAAAAGCAAUACUGAGAUCAAAUUGCCUACCAAUGUCGAUGCAAUUAUUCCAGCUCUCUUAGAGGAAAAACGAGAAUUAGAAAUUCCAUGA